AGUAGGAGGGCCCGGAUGCGACCGACAAGGCGCCGGAGGCGUAACCGAGGACCGACACCGAGGCACCGUGGGGGGACCCGGAGGCGACCGCCGGCCACGAGCCGGAGGCGCAGCCGGCGACCCCGGAGCCCCAAGCAAGGCUCCUCUACUAUUGACCUGCUGAUCUACCAGACUCUGUGCUACGCCCAUGAUGACUUGGUUCUCAUUGAUGUGGAGGACUACUUGCUGAAAGUGUGUGGUCACGAGGAAUUCCUGAUGAACAAUCAGACAUUGGCCAGCCUAGAAUACAUUCAGCAGUGUCUCAAAUUUGACUGGGAGAUUCGCCUGUUUCUUACCAAGAGAAGCACUAUAAGCCAGGAGCUUGUGCGGACGGAAGAGGAUGAUGAGACUCCUUCCACAAUGAAUCACAGCAUACUCCUGCAGGAGCGACCAAUCAAACAGACUGUCACAAGAGAAGCUCUGACACUGCUCCUGGAUACAUUCCACAAUGAAGCAGAAUCCUUUGUCCUUUCAGAGAUGGAGCUACCACUACGUGUGGAACGGUUGGUGCAGUCUGUCAAGGCCUUGUGCAGUUCAUUGGCUUCCAUAGAAACUUCUGACAUCACUGCAGCCCUCAGUCAGCUGCCUGCCUGCCCCUGUCGGCUGCAGCCUCGUGUCUUGAAGGACAUAUCGGUGCUGGCAUCACAGGAGAACAGAGAGAAAGUGGUGGAGAAGCUGACCUCCUCUAUCUUGGAGUUGGUGGAGCUCUACUGUAGCACCUUUAAUGCCAAUUUCCACACCACCCCUCAAAGCUACCGGCCCAGUGUCCCUUUGCAGGAGGCCGGCUUUGUCACCAGUGUGCUGUCCUUCAGUGUCUAUGCUGCUCAUCGAAUCCCCAUCACCUGGGCUGCCAGUUAUGAAGGGUUUUUCCUCUCCUGCUCUCUCACCCAUGGUGGGGCAGAGCUCUGUGCCCCCCAACAUACCAGCAAACAGCCAGUCAGCAAGUACCUCUUCCACCUGGUGGUGUGGGACCAAAGGAUCUGUUUUCCGGUCCAGAUCAAUCGACUACCACGGGAGACACAGUUAACAGUAACUAUGUAUGCCACCCUGCUGCCACCACCAGGGGGCACUGAGGACAAGAACAAGCAGAGGCGGAGCAUGGAGGCACUGGGCUGGGUCACCAUGCCCCUCUUCAACUUUAGGCAUAUCCUCACAUGUGGAAGGAAGCUGCUUGGCUUUUGGCCUUCAACCCCAGGAAGUGGCAAUGUUCGCUCCAGCACCCCCAAUUUUAGCCAGCCCGACAGUAUCAUCUUGCAGGUGGAUUUCCCUCUAUUUUCCUUUGAGGUACAUUUCAGCACCCCCCCACCUGCUGAGUUCAGCCCUCAGUAUGAGUUCUCUCGCUUGGACCUGAACAGCCAGAGACAGCUGCAGGAUGUUUUGCACAAGAAAUCCUUCCUCUGGCUGACCAAUGAGGACCGAAAGCUACUGUGGGAAAAGCGCUACUUCUGCCAUGCAGAGAGCAGCGGGUUGCCUCUGGUGUUGGCCAGUGCCCCUAACUGGGAGUGGGCCUGUCUGCCAGACAUCUAUGCCCUGCUCCAUCAGUGGGCUUGCAUGAACCACUUGGACUCACUGGGCCUGCUGCAUGCUAUAUUCCCAGAUCAAGAGCUGAGGCACACAGCUGUCCAAUGGAUGGACUCAAUCUCGGAUUCUGAGUUGCUGGAUUUCCUUCCUCAGCUGGUGCAGGCCCUGAAAUAUGAAUGCUACCUGGACAGUCCUUUGGUGCGCUUCUUGCUACGGAGAGCAAUAGGAGACAUUCGCAUUGCACACUACCUCUUCUGGCUGUUGAAAGAUGCUCUGCAGGAUUCACAAUUUAGCAUGCGCUACCAGUACCUUUUGGCAGCACUGCUGUGCUGCACAGGCCGAGGCCUGCGGGAAGAGCUGGAUCGCCAGGGCUGGCUGGUCAGCAUCCUGGCUAAGGUAGCCCAGAACGUGAGGGACACCUCCCCCUCCACCAGACAGGCUACUUUGCGAGACAGGCUGGAAGAAGUCCAUAACUUCUUCUGCGUCAGUGGCAGCUGCCGACUCCCGCUGAACCCUGGCCUAAUGGUGAAGGACAUCAACAUCCAGGGCUGUUCCUACUUCAACUCAAAUGCCGUCCCCCUCAAACUCUCCUUCCAGAACCUGGACCCUCUAGGAGACAACAUCAAUAUCAUAUUCAAGUCUGGGGAUGACCUGAGACAGGACAUGCUCACCCUUCAGAUCAUCCGUAUUAUGAAUAAGAUCUGGAUUCAGGAGGGCCUGGACAUGAGGAUGGUCAACUUUCGCUGCUUCUCUACAGGACGUGGACGAGGAAUGGUGGAGAUGAUUCCCAACGCAGAAACCCUGCGUAAGAUUCAGGUUGAGCAUGGUGUCACCGGGUCCUUCAAGGAUCGGCCACUAGCAGACUGGCUGCAGAAGCAUAAUCCCUCUGAGGAUGAGUAUGAAAAGGCUGUGGAGAAUUUCAUCUACUCCUGUGCGGGAUGCUGCGUGGCCACCUAUGUCCUGGGUAUCUGUGAUCGACACAAUGACAAUAUUAUGCUGAAGUCCAGUGGCCAUAUGUUCCACAUAGACUUUGGCAAGUUCCUUGGCCAUGCACAGAUGUUCGGCAAUAUAAAACGGGACCGGGCUCCAUUUGUUUUUACAUCUGACAUGGCUUAUGUCAUCAAUGGGGGUGACAAACCAUCUAGUCGCUUUCAUGACUUUGUGGACCUUUGCUGUGAGGCCUACAACCUCAUCCGCAAACACACGCACCUGUUCUUGAACCUGCUUGGAUUGAUGCUGUCCUGCGGCAUUCCGGAGCUGUCUGAUCUGCAGGAUCUGAAGUAUGUCUAUGAUGCCCUGCGGCCUCAUGAGUCUGAGUCUGAUGCCACCAUGUACUUCACCAGGCUAAUUGAAUCGAGUCUAGGCAGUGUAGCCACCAAGCUGAACUUCUUCAUCCACAACCUGGCGCAGAUGAAGUUUGCUUCUUCCGAAGAGCAGCCUGUGCUGUCAUUUGCCCCGCGUGUGCACACCCUGAAGAGUGAUGGGCUCAUCCGCAGCCUUUUUGUGUGCCGGCACAUCAGAACCUACAGCCCCAACAAGGGUUACGCUUAUGUUGUGAAGGUGGAACGUGAUUGCCAGCAUGGGGCGACACUUGUUCAGAGGAGCUUUGAGGAGUUCCAUGAGCUCCAUAGUAAACUACGCCUUAUCUUCCCGUCCUCUAAACUACCUAGUUUUCCCAGCCGUUUUGUGAUUGGCCGGUCACGUGGCGAAGCCAUGGCUGACAGAAGGAAAGAUGAGCUGAAUGGCUAUGUCUGGCACCUUAUCCAUGCUGCCCGAGAGGUGGCCCAGUGUGACUUCAUCUACACUUUCUUCCACCCACUUCCAAGAGAUGAAAGACCAGGGACUGUUUACAACACACUACAGAACAAACCUUCAGAGGUGUCAUGGGCUCCCAUUGCUGGCAAAAUUGUGGGAGAGGUGAAGCUUUCUAUCUCCUACAAGAGCAACAAGCUUUUCAUCAUGGUCAUGCACAUCCGAGGGCUGCAGCCCUUGCAGGAUGGGACAGAUCCUGACCCUUAUGUCAAGCUGUACCUCCUACCAGACCCCCAGAAAACCAGCAAGAGAAAAACCAAAGCUGCCAAACGCACAUGCAAUCCUACCUACAAUGAGAUGCUGGUGUAUGAUGGCAUUCCAUGGGGAGACCUACAGCAGAGGGUGAUUCAUCUGAGAGUGCUGAGUGAGGGAGCCUUCUGGGAGAACCUUCUGCUGGGGGAAGCCUUCAUAUCACUGACAGCCCUUUUGCCCGGGGAGCGCUGGGUGGACUGGCACCAGCUUGGAACUGGGGGCUCGGAUGGCACUCGCUAAGGAUAAGGAUAUAGGAUGAUGAGCAGCGACCUGUGUGUGCACCUGUGUAGAAAAAGGACAGGGUUGUGAAGUCAUUUUGAAAGAAGUACAUGUGCAUAUGUGAUGUACAUGCUUGUGAAUGUAAUGAUAAGGUCUACCUACUCUGAGUCAUGUUAUUCCCCCCAGUGGGGGUGCAUUGAAGAACUGUGUUCAUUGAAAACACUGAGAUCAAAAUGGUUUUCAGUGGAUAGUGUACAAGUAGGAUUAAACGUGAGGCUUACAACCAACCAAGCUGCUUUGAGUCCUGGAUCGAAAGAAGGAGAAAUUAUUUGGUGUUUGGCAGGGCUUCAUGAAAUGAAAAUGGAUCUGAGCCAUGAAAUUCAAGCAUUCAAGAAGGCUGUGGUGUGUAAAUUAGGUAAUGCCAUCUCAGUAUAACCCAAGCAAUUGCUCCUCCAUUAGUGUCCCCUAACCAGCAUAAAAAGAAUGUCAGGCAUCUGCAAGCUACUGUUAGUUGAUUUAAUGCGGCGUAUCUCACAAGGUUUUAAAGACACAAAGAAAAUCUUAUUUCUUCUUGAAUGUUUUUUUAUUCUUAAAGCUCAAUUUUGAGCCCUUAUUAUAGAGUAUACAGAUGAAAUGACAUACAUAUGUGCCACAGUCGUGCAUCGACUGAUUAUGUGGUCCAGGUUGUGAAUUACGUGAAUACUUUUGUACUGUGGAAGGGUAGUUUGAUACCCAGCAGUUUGACUUGGUGCUAUCUUGUCUUGAGACUGUACUGUAUAUACUGUACUUAACUUGAUGUAGUCUGCUUCUCCCCUGUAAUUAUUUGAGUGCAUCAUGCAGGAAAUAAGCCACAGGUGGUCAGACCUACAAAUAUAACUAUGCUGUCAAUUGGUGCCCUCAUCCACUUCAGUUCACUAUAAAUAUUCAUAUAUCUAGAUUACCAGAAAACAGACAUCCCUAUAUCCAGAAAGUAUUUCCAAAAUGUUAAAUUGCUUGUUCAGUUGCAUGCUGUGGAAUGUUAUGACUGUUUAGUUAUUGUAGGAUUCCUUAAUCAAGUGUUCUGAAUCUAAUAUCAGAUUUAAACUUAUCUCCAGCUUACAAAACCUCAUUAUUGGUAAUGCCGUCUUACUGUUAUAUAACUUUUUAUGCUCAUUGCCUCAUUUCUGAAAGGGGAGCUGAAACUGAAGGUAAAAGGGUGAAGGAAAGGAAUUUUGAUCAAGUACAGCUUACAGUUUAUUAGAUUUUUGCCUUCAUUUGAGACUUUUUGUAAUGACAGCUGUUUUGUCUUUGGAUCCAUAUCCCAUAUGAUUAAUGACACCUUUUAAAAAGGUGUUAUGUCCAUAGAAUACUUUGCUAUGGUGUUUUGGAGCACAUUCUAUUGUUUAAUAUAGUAGGAUAUUUAUCUUUUAAUUCUUAAUCCAUUUCUUCUGUGUGAAACUUAAUAGCCUUUAGAAAUCAUGUGUUCAGUAUUCAGUGAUUGCCUCUUUAUAAGUUUUACAGCAAAAUUAAUAUUUUUAAAGGAAAAUGUUUGCAGAGUGUACAAAGCAAGUUUAUUUCUAAAUGUGUUUUUUUGGUGAACUCAGCAUAAAUUUAACAAGUCUAACCCUCCUACCCAGUAAGCAUUCAGAAUUUAAGAAGGAAAUAAAAACUUGUAAUGCCUUCAAAUUUAGUACUAUUGUUAGAUCUUUGCCUUUUUUCUAAGAGAAACGUUUUGUGGAUUGCCUUGUGGAUAGUAAGUGAAGGUAAAUGGAAUUAAAAUUCCCCAUUUUCUUCACAACUGGCAGGAGUGUCUGCAUUUGUGUGCUGUGUAAGGACCGUAUUUUUGAGCCAGUGCAGGGGUAUGAUCAGUUUGGAGGAUUACAUUCAACAGCACAAUGAGAAUGGGACAGAAUGUAAGUUCAGAAUGGAAAGAACUCUGCAUCAUAAAUACUAAUGUCAUAAUUGCAGUUUAUUAUGAGAACUCAUUAGUUUUUUAAGACUUCAUAAAUUUAUGUGUAUAAUGUGCAUUUUUAAUUUGAUCAUUUUUGUAAAAUCAUUUGCACUAAAUAAAAAAUACACAGAUUUUCUGUUUGAAACUA